AUGGGGGAGUUCGCUCGUCAACUCGAUGCAGCAGUAGCAGUUUUUGCCAGAGCUGCUGCAGAACAGGGUGGAGUGAUAUCUGGCGACAUACCCACAGACUAUAGCCCUUCCAAUCCUUUUCGUCUAUGGGUCAUCCAAGUCGUCAUCAUCAUCGCCUUUUCCCAGAUCCUGGCAUUGGUGCUGGGCCGUAUACGACAGCCACGGGUAAUCGCAGAGGUGAUUGGUGGUAUCCUCCUGGGCCCGACUGUCAUGGGCCGCAUCCCGAAUUUCAAGGAGACCAUAUUCCCUGAAGAUUCGAUGCCCCUUUUGACCCUAACCGCAACCGUCGGUCUCAUCCUCUUCCUGUUCCUCGUCGGUCUCGAAAUCGAUACUCGCCUGCUCAAACGUAGCGCCACAGCCUCCGCGACCGUGUCCAUCGCCGGCCUGGUUAUACCCCUCGGUCUAGGGGCAGCCCUGGGCGUCGGAGUCUACAACCAAUUCAUUGAACCCGAGGUUAAUUUUGGCUACUUCUUGUUGUUCGUCGCUGUCGCCGUCGGCAUCACAGCCUUCCCAGUCCUAUGCCGUAUCCUCACCGAACUCAAGUUGUUGGACACUCAAGUGGGCGUUGUAGUGUUGUCCGCCGGUAUCGGGAACGAUGUUAUCGGUUGGGUACUUUUGGCUUUGACAGUCGCUCUCGUCAAUUCCACAGGCGGUUUGACGGCGCUUUGGGUGCUCCUUGCGACAGUGGGAUACACCAUCUUCUUACUCUAUCCCGUACGAUGGGGUUUCGUGUGGCUUUGCAGGAGAACCGGAAGUCUGGAACAGGGCUCGCCUACGCCAUUCAUGAUGACCGUUACUCUCAUGGUCGAAUUCGUGUCCGCGUUCUUCACGGACAUCAUUGGGGUGCAUGCUAUUUUCGGUGGCUUCAUGGCAGGUCUCAUUAUCCCCCACGAAAAUGGAUUCGCGAUUUCGUUGGUGGAAAAGAUCGAGGAUCUCAUUAGUAUUUUGUUCAUCCCAAUCUACUUCACACUCUCCGGAUUGAAAACCAAUCUCGGUCUCUUGAACAGUGGCGUUGCAUGGGGAUACACCAUCCUCAUCUGCGUUGUAGCAUUCGCUGCCAAAUUCCUUCCUUGCGCCGGCGCCGCCUUCUUGUUUGGAUUCAAGUGGAGAGAGGCAGGAGCCAUCGGCACUUUGAUGAGCUGCAAAGGUCUCGUCGAACUGAUCGUGUUGAACAUUGGUUUGCAAGCCAAUAUUCUCAACGACAUCACAUUCUCGAUGUUCGUUGUGCAUGCUUUGGUCCUUACUUUCGUCACCACGCCCCUCACUCUCCUCUUUUACCCUCCUCAAUACCGUACUUCGCCUAUCUCCAAGUCAGGAAAGGGCGCUAAGCCUGACCAAGAAGAAGCGCGUGACAAGCCUGUACUUGACGGUGAACUGAGGACCCGGUUCGCGCUCGUCCUGGAAAAGGUCGAACAACUGGCCCCUGCGAUGACACUUACGCAGCUCCUCCAACCUAGCGUCUCCACAUCCACCCUUGUAUCACAGACAACUGUGUCAGCCAAAGCCGCAGAAGCUCUCGGACCCGACCCCAGCGACGAUAUCGACGAUACUUUCAAAGUUGAGAUCGACACUCUCCGCCUCAUGGAAUUGUCAAACAGAACUUCCGACGUCAUCCGAUCCAAGGAAGCUGAUGCUCUCAUCUACAACGACCCGGUCGUCUCCGCUUUCAGGACAUUUGGCAGCCUCAAUCGCAUGGUCGUGUCUGCGACCCUUUCCGUGGUUAGCUUUGACCAGUUCUCCACUGCCAUCGCUCAGCAUGCAACCGACUCUCAAUCGGAGAUGGUCAUCAUCCCUUGGGCGAGGGGAACAACUUCCCUCUUGAACCCCGAAGGAGUGGAUUAUGGACGUAACCCCUUCGAUGGCGCUUUCCACAGGACUACAACCACCGACCAAACCACCUCAGUCGUCUACUCCGAGUUCAUCCGGAGCGUUUUCUUACGCUGUCCGCGAGAUGUUGCGUUGUUCGUGGACCGCGGUGCACCCUCGAUCUCCAUCUCUAAUGACCAGCAUUUGUUCCUUCCGUUCUUUGGUGGACCUGAUGAUCGCCUGGCUCUCAACUUCCUUGUUCAGUUGUGUGUUAGGAGUGGUGUUCAAGCUACUGUGGUCCGCAUUCAGAGAGCGGAGGAAGGUGUUGUUAGUGAGGAGAAGGAUACUCCUCUAGUGUCACCCGGACCUACGAGCCCGGGCGCUAAUCACCUUACCGUCGCCGCCGCCGACACCGUCUAUGGCCAACUAUCAACCCAAGCUCGUCUAGCCUCCGACACCGAAGACAACCUCAUCUGGGAACGCUACGCCGGCACCUCAACAACACACUCUCCCACCAUCGCCUCCGCCCUAACCAAAAUCACCUUCUCCACCCAGGCCUCCUCCCAGCCCCUCCACACCGUCAUUGAGCUCGCCCAAUCCGAGGCUGCCAAAGUGGAAGCGGACCCGAAGCUGUCAAAGACAAUGAUUGUGCUUGCGGGGAGGUCGAGGCGGAUGGCGGUCGAGGCGCUUGGUCCUGAGCUGAGGAGGGUUGUGAGUGAGACGGGGGCGGGUGUUGGGUCGAGUGCGCCCAAGACUUUGGGUGAUGUUGGCGCUGCGUUGGUUGCUACUGGUGUUAAUGCCAGUUUGUUGAUUGUGCAGGCUGCUGUUGGGAGUUCGAGGACUUGA